AUGCCAGCACCACUUGCAAAAGGAAUCAUCAUUACUGUUUCUGUGCUUGUAGCAGCUGGCAUCGCCGUGUAUGAGUCGCCUCAGUUUCAACAAUGGGUAACCAACUCGCGGCGCAAGAUCGCCUUGGCUCUGCACAACCUCGGCGAUGAGAUCCAACCUCAAGACAUAGCGUUGCGGCAAGACAUUUCCAUGACUGAGGAGACCGGCGAGGUUGCCGAAGAACGCAGACGGAUUGCUCGUGAGGAGAUCAUACGACGGGGAAAGCUCAUUGAAUCGGUCAUUGAAUCGCGACGGAAGUCCAGCCAGCCAGGCCAGCCUCAUAAUAGCUUUGAUACCCUCGUCGACAGCGAGGGCAAUCUGCGUAUACAAAAAGACCACGAAUACAAUGCUCGGUCCAACGAAGAAUUUACUGCUAACUCAACGGGAGUUGACCUGGGGACUUCGGAGCCUUUCCGCCGAGGUGUCAAGAAAACUGAGGCCGAAUCCUCAACUACACCGGGUCGGAAUCAGCUGCAUGUCGACAUCCCCUCACCCGCUCCCUCAAUCCAUCCUUCCGAAUCUAUGAUCCAGUUUACGCCUCGGUCUGAAGCACCCGAGGGGGAUAACCUUUUCGAUCCAUUCUCUCCUAACUCUCCCUUGUCUGCCUCUGGUUCCAGCCACACAGAAGACCAUCAGCAGGUAUAUUAUGCGCACCCUGAUGCGGCAAACAACAUAAAUUAUGAAAGUGAUCACCUUGUCGAGCUAGAUGGUUUCGGCCACGAGAGCGUUCAGUCCUACGAUGAGAUUUCGGCCGCUCCUUCGACCGCUGGAAGUUUCAGCCAUGUCGGAGGAUUUGAAGAUGAAACGUCAGAUGGCACUCUUAGUGACCUUGAUGGGCGAUCUGUUGGUGGUUUGGCUACUCCGGCAUGGUCUGACGUGGGUAGCGUAAUUAGCAACGAGGAUGCUGGACAUCAGUUGCUCUGA